CUCUUCCUCGAUCUUGCUUUUUCCACAUACCAUAUAUCAGAUACUCGCUUGCAUCCGAUCCACCGCCAUCAUGCGUUUCUCCAUCCCAGUGGUUGCUCUCUUCGCCGCCAACGUCCUCGCUGUGGACAUCUCUGGCGCCCCCCAAUGCGCCCAAACGUGCCUUCUUGACAACCAAUCCCAGUCGGCUUGCGAUCCUGAUGCGGCCGAUGCCACGUGCUUCUGCGCCGACACGGCCUUCUACAGCCUCGUCUCCGCGUGUGUGUUGGGUUCGUGCGAGUCUGGCGAUAUUCUCGCAACUUUGACCUGGUAUGGCGAGACUUGCCCCAGCAAGAGGAAGGCCCGCAUGCUGCGCGUGUAGAUGCAUCAGUCGUACAUCCGAUUCAAGGACGCAGAGGGGCAUGGUAAUGAUCGACUGCAGUGAGAUGGGUAAACGACAACAUGAACAGAUAUACAAUACAUGAGAUAGUAUAGCGUA